GGAGCCAUAUGGGGGAGCAGCGCAUCAAUCGAUGCUUCAAGAAAUCACGUAUACAUUGCCACUGGAAAUCUGUACUCGGCUCCUCAACGCAUCCAAGACUGUCAAGAAAGACUAAACAAUCAGACUACACCAACAAAUCCAGACGAGUGUAUUGAGCCCGAUAACCAUUCGGAUUCCAUAAUGGCACUGGACAUGGACAAUGGGAAAAUCAGGUGGUACAGGCAGCUCGGAGGCUACGAUGUCUGGUUCUUUGCUUGCAAUAAUUUGUCAACCCCUAAUUGCCCAAGUGGGCCAAACCCGGAUGCUGAUUUUGGGGAGGAACCAAUGAUGCUAAGCAUCGAACUUAAUGCUACUAAACUAGACGUUGUCGUGGCUGUCCAGAAAAGUGGAUUUGCAUGGGCUUUGGAUCGCGAUGAUGGGAACAUUAUUUGGUUUACCGAAGCUGGUCCCGGAGGUCUUGGCGGGGGAGGUACUUGGGGUGCGGCAACAGAUACAAGGAAGAUAUACACAAACAUUGCCAACAGCAACCGAAUGAACUUUACUCUUCUGCCAUCAAAGAAAGUCACAAAUGGUGGAGGCUGGGUGGCGAUGGACGCUCCAACCGGUAAAAUUUUGUGGUCGACCGCUGAUCCGAAGAAUGCCACGGUUAAUCCCGUCACUAUAGCCAACGGUGUCCUUUUUGGGGGCUCAACAUAUUCAACGGGACCCGUGUAUGCCAUCAACGCUGAAACUGGGAAGAUAUUAUGGUCCUAUGAGACUGGAGCCUCCGUCUAUGGUGGCAUGUCAGUAAGCAAUGGAUGCAUGUAUGUGGGGCAUGGGUACAGAGCUCCAGCCUUUACCGCCGGAACCCAUCUCUUCGCUUUCUGCAUAUAAUGAAGUUCUUUCCUCUACGUUGUUUCGUGUCUCAGCCAACAGCCAAGACAUAUCCUCCGCGGCAUUCUUGGCGUUGCACACGUCAACUCUUGAGCUGAUCAUGUCGUGGAAGGAAAGGCGGCCUGUGAAGAACAAGAAAGAAAUGAUUAUGCAAUACAUUAUACCAGUUACGUUUCGUCAAUAUAAUAAUAAACCAGGAGAAAUUUGUAUCAUCAUCAUUAAAUAAACCAGGA